CCACUCGUCGUAUUAUUCUCCUUCACACGCUGGUUUUUUCUUCCCCGCUCUGAGUCGUCUUGUUCCGGCGUUCAUCUCUGCUCAAUGAAUUCAUGUGAGAUUGUUGUCUAUAUCCAUUUGGCUAAUCGGCGAUAAUUCGACGACAAAGGUUAAGGAAUUCCUUGACCAGAGCAGAGCCUGCUGAUUUUCCUUCGGUCGAACAACCACUUAACCUCAAUUCUUUUGCCUUUGCAUACCUACCCUUCUCUAUCUCUCUCUGUCUCUUUCCGAACGCGAAAUUAAAGCAUAGAGAAAGACGGAAACAAAAAGAACGAAAUCCAUUGUCGAAUCAAAUCCAAAAGAAAAAGAGGUCGUAGGGGAGGAAGGAUUUAAGGGUACUGGAAUGGAAGAGGGAGGGGGGAAGGUGAGGGCUCUUAUAGAGAAGGCUACAAACUCGACACAACCAGAGGUGGAUCCACGACUCCUUAAAGCCAUUAAGUCUGUCGUACGGUACUCUGAUUCGGAGCUCAGACUUGCUGUCCAUGCCCUGAUGGAAUUCAUGAAGCGUGACCACUCUCAGGUUCGGUACUUGACACUUCUAAUAAUUGACCAACUAUUUAUGCGGUCCAAGCUUUUCAGAACUCUCCUUGUUGAGAAUUUGGAUCAGUUGUUGACUUUAAGUGUUGGAUUUCGAAGAAAUCAGCCUCUUCCUGCUCCACCGUCUGUGGCAACCCUUCUGCGUAAUAAGGCAAUAGAAUUUUUGGAGAAGUGGAAUUCUUCUUUUGGAAUUCAGUAUAGACAGCUCAGAUUAGGGUUUGAUUACCUUAAGAACACUCUCAGGUUCCAGUUUCCUAAUCUACAGGCAAAUGCAGCUAGGAUUCAGCAGGAGAGAAGGGAAAGGGAGAGGAGGUCAAAAGAAAUCUUACUCAACAAGUUUGAGACUUUGAAGGAAAAUUUUUCAUCCAUAAAGGAAGAAAUCCAAUCAACAAUUGAUGAGAUAGGAGAGUGUUUAGAUAUUGUCCGCAAUACUGGAGAAGAGAGUAUGCUGUUGGCUCGUUUGGAUGAUGAUGAUGAUGAUGAUGAUAUUGAAGAGUUCCGUUCCUCAGAAUUGCAGCAGAUACGUCGUGAGACAUUGGAAGAAGGAGAAAAGGUCCACGAAAACAGUGAGAAUAAAGUGGUUUUUGAUGCGCUGAGGGAGCUUUACAAGCUUCUAGUUACAAAGCAUUUGGUUUCAGUCCAAGAAUGGAUCUCUGUUCUUGUAAGGGUUGAGGUGACAGAUAACAGAUUUAGAGAUUCUAGUUUGAAGGAUUUCAUUGAUAUACGAAAUCUUCUUCAGUCAGUGAAGAAGAAGUGCGAAGAAUCAGGUUGUUCUCUUCCUAAGGCCACAACUAAUGAAGAAGAAGAAGACUUUUGGGAGGAGGGUAAAAUUGAAUUAAAUAAGAGUGGGACGGUAAGUGCUUGCAAUAGGGAAAAUGGAGAUCUUGCUAUUGUAUCAGAACCUAGUGACUCAAAAAUAACUGUCAGACAUGGCAAGAAAAAGUUAGAAUCUGAAGGCGUUGGAACUGAAUCAAGCUCUCCAAGGAGUAAGCUUUUGGCUGAAGCUCCCAUGGUGAACUGGGGCCCUUAUUUGGACAACUGGGGUUCAAAGAGGGAUGUAUUGGCUAAUCAAAGGGGUUUGGAACUUGAAAGCCACUGGGGUAGAGUGGAUUAUGAUGCAGUUAUUCCAGCAGAGAAAAUUGCAGAGUUAAAUGUUCAUGCUACUGUAUACAAAGAAGAGCAGCUUGAAAUUCAACAGUGUCGUGCUCCUUUGCGUAAAGGUGGACUUUGUCAAAGAAGAGAUUUGAGAGUUUGUCCAUUUCAUGGACCUAUCACACCCAGGGAUGAUGAGGGAAAGCCACUUGAUCAGAAUCUGUCAAAAGAUGAAAUAGCUUCUGACUCAGGGACUGAUUUAGUAGAAGCAGAGCAAUUAGCAAGACAAGCUGUUAAGAAUGUUCGAGCGAGAGAUAAAGAUGUAGCACGGAAGAGAGAAAUCGAUCGACAGUCCAUGAAGCAUGCAAAGCGUGCGAAGCUUGCGAAAAUCCGUGAGCACAAUGAGGCAGUUUUACGAGAUGCUGCAUUGGCUUCAACUUCAAGAUCUGCAACUGCCGGAGAAGAUAUGAUGGCAAGUGACAGUGGAAAUGCAUCAGACAGAAGCAAGAAGCAAGCGCUGGCAUCCAUGCUACGGAAGAAAGUGACACCAAAAGAUAGGCUAGCACAGAGGCUUUUGAAUACAAAGGCAAGGGAUGCAACAAUUAGACAGCUUACAUCGGCUGAGGAUGCAAAUUACAAAGAGGCCUUUCCUAGUCAAUGGUAAAUUAGAGGACUUGUUGUGCCUUUUGUAACAUAUGUUGAAUUUUUCUCUUCUUAAUUUUUGGAAAAGACUUGUAGAUAAAGUAGAUAGUUUACACGUUGCUUAUGAGAAAGCAUGAAUCUUUUGGCUUCAUUUUCCUUUA